CAACAACAACAACAAAAAUGGCAGCCCCCACGACAAGACAGAUUUCAUCCCCAAUGCAUUACGAUCCGUCGUUCAAAGUUGAUAUACAGUUACAUCAGCCUCUGUUGUCUCGAAGCACUACACCAGGAGAUGUCCGUCUUGAUAUGAUGUCACUCUGCUUCCAGUUAGAAACUCUCUGCAAGAAAGAAUUAAAUGAGCAUUCACACAUACAUCGUGGUCAUGUGAGCAACUCCUUCAUUGAUAGAGCAACAGUGGUAUAUGACAGAAUACUACAUGUGCUUGCUAAAGUACCUCCUGAUUACCAAGACUGUCUCAGGUAUUUACAGUCACAAGGGUUGGACCGACUGUAUCCAAGGGCAGUGACUUAUCUUGCUGACCCUCAGUCAUUCUCCCUAGAUCUUGAGAAGACUCCUUUGGAUAAUUACUUUACGAGUGUUUCCACCCUAGGUCAGUUAUCUACACUGGCCCGGCAACUACAUAAUGAUUGUCUUAAUCCAUCCUCACAUAAAUACAUAGCACAUCAGCUAGCUCUGAUGUAUCAAACCAUGUCCCACAUAAAGAGCCCAAUAUUUGAACAACAUAAGAAAGGAAUAGAAGAAAUGUUUAAACCAAUCAAGGCAACCCUAGCUACAACAGAUGAUAAACAGAAAAGAUGUCUCACUGAAUCUCAACAUGAAUGGUUGUUGAACUUGACAAACCAUAUCCUUAACACUCUCAACACAUUCCCCGCAGAUCUCACGAAGGACAUGGUACAACCAGCUUCUAUUCUUCAGCUGAAAACAACAUAAUGAAUACAGUAACAGUAAAAUAUGGAAAUAUACCCAUACUUGUGUUGCCACAUAUGAAGGGAAGUCUGUAUGGCAAGGGAGCUGGCAGACCCCAUGGCUCUUUAUUUCUGAAUGUCUGUCUACUUUCUUGACAACUAGCUUGAAAGUUGAGAAGAAAGCCAACCUAUCUUCUGGUACUGUGUCUGCCUAUACAGGGAUUUACAUUAUGUAAUAUGGUUACCUUUGUAUGGCAUCAGGGUUUUCUACCAUUAUACAAGUGGAGGUUUUACUAUUGUACACUCAUUGCAGUUAUGUGUUGUUGUAACUUACAAAUAUUGGGGUUAUACGUCUUUGUGGUUUUGUAACUUGACAGUCAUUGAGGUUUAUUUAUGUUUGCAGUAUUUUACUGAAAUUUUUUUAACUUGACAGUCUUUUAGUAGGGUUAUGUUUAUUUUGUUGCGUUAUUCUGGAGAUUUUGUAACUUUGCACACAUUGGGGUUAUGUAUUUUUGUUCUAGUUAAUUACAAACUAUUGUGCACUCCUUAGUAUUAUUUAUUAUCGUUGUAGUUUACUUGAGAGUUUUUUUUUGGUUGAUUGUCACUGUAGUUAUGUAUCUUUGCUUUGUUUACCAUGUAAUAUAAAUGAAAAGGUUGCACACUUAAGAUUUUCAGUAAUGUUAGAUAUCCAAGGAAAUUCGAUAGAGAUCUGAUAAAUUUUGUUGCACCACUAAAAAGGUCAAUCUGACAUCAACAAAAGAUAAAUGAUAAAAUAGGUUUUGCAGUGAUAUUUACUUUUGUUCAUACAUGUAUUUGUAUAAUUUUAAAGGGGAAUGCCUAACAUUUGAAAAUACAUCUUGUUGGAAAAAGCUCUGUAAAAUAUUAAAAUUGACAAAAAACGAGAAAAAAGACCUAUAAUCCAGUACGCAUUUGAAUGAUGUCUAUGUAAUUUAGUUGCAGCCAUUUCCGGCAAACUGACCUAAUCGUUCCUUUCUCAUACAGUGUAUUCUGAGGGUACUGAACACUUUCUAGACCAGAACUUUUGUCUGUUUUUCACAGAUGUUUGGAAUUGUCAAAGGCUUUAUUGAAAGAUUAAAUUUUCCUAAUCUUAUUGAUAUACAAGUAUUGUAGGUAUUAACUUGGAGCCAAUAAAUUACUUAUUGUUUACAUUUAGCAUGCCAUCAUCACUCACAUUUUUAUACUAAAUUCUAAAAAAGGUAAGAUAAUAUGUAUAUACUUGAAUUGUUUAAGAAGCAUAUACAUAUUCCAGUUUUAUCAACAGCAAAAUUCUCAGGAAAUAUAAAUACAAAGGUAAUGGAUAAAACACAGAAAAGAUAAAUUACACAAAUGAGAUGAUAUAAAACAUAAUUUAGUGUUUGGAAAAAAAAUUUCCCUAGUCAUUUGUAGUUUUACAAUAUAAUAUGUGUAAAUUAAGUUCACUUGAUUAUUUUACUAUUUCUCAGAUAUUUUUUGCUUCAUGAAAUAACAUCAUAAAUAGAUAAGUGUAAAUUACAAUUAUGCAAAUACAAAUUAUUAUAAUUACAAAAUAGCUUGACAAACUGUUUAGAUUAAAGCGACACUGCCUUGGGCAAAAUUAUGGAGGUGUCCAUUAUUGUCAGAGCAAUUAUCAAUGAAAUGUGCUAAUUGGUUUCAUUAGUAUUCAGUUUUCACAAAGUUCUAAACUGUGAAAGAAAACUGCAUUUCUUUAAUUGGCUCAAAUUUUGAGACCACUUAUUUUUCGAUUUUGAUAAUUUUCCAGUUUAUACAAAGUUCAGUUUUCUCUAGAGUCCACUGUAAUGGUAUUAUUGUUGACAUGACCUGGCACUGGAGGAGGAUGCUUUAAGAGUUGCAUCUGCCUUUGAAAAGUGGUCGGAACAAAGAAAAUCUGUUUAUUUUUGUUCAUUGUGUAACAGGUGUAAUUUAUCACCAUUAUUUCAUUUAUUUGAUUCAUUUCAUUUUCAGCUUUACAGUCCCAUAAUUUUUUUCAGGAUUUUUAGAGCAUAGCCAAAGUCAGUGGGGACAAUAUUAAUUCCCUACAGUAACUAUUAUCUCAGAAUAUUAAGAAAAAAAAGUCUUUAACACAUCCCACCACAAUUAUGACAUUGCCACUGACAUGAUUUGUCUUAGAACACCUUUUUGUAGCUGAUUUGUUUUAAUAUGAAUAUUUACAUUUUGCCUUUCUAUCUAACAGUCUGCAUUUCAUUUCUAGUGUAGUGUCCAUUAAACAAAACAGCUGAAUACACAAACUGCAUAAUGAUUUUGUAAAUAUAGUUUUAUCUUCUGUGAACUUUUGCCACAUGAGUAUUCUCGGUCUAUAUUUGCCACUUGUGUAUCCCAGGUGUAUAUUUUUGUUUUUUACUUUAAUGUGUAUCAUGUCUUUGGUCUGAAUGUGGCAGCAUAUCACAUAUCAGUAUGUGCCCAAGUUUGUACUCAUAUUUCUGUGCCAUUUGUUUUGAAACAUAUACAGAUAAAACCGUCCAUAUAUGAUUGCUUUCACAAGAGUUAUCAGGUGUGCAAUUUACUAUACUGUCCUGAUUAAUUGUUUUAGAUUAGCUACAAACAGAAUUUACUGUAUUAAAGUUUCUAUUGUUUUAUAACAAAACAGUAUAGGACAAAUGAAGCUGAACACAGGCAGACUAAACUUUCCAAACCAGUAAAUACAUUAUCUUAAAUUAUAUACAUUGUAUACUCAUUGUUAAACUCGACUAAGCUACAUUGAGACUUUAGAUAUCAAUAAUUUUCCAUAUUGACAUGUAAAGUUCAUAUUUGGAUUGUG